AAGCUCAUUGGUCCGAGACGAGUGGCGCGUAUUGGACAUCGCACUGUCAACAAGCGGCUCCCAAACUCCACGGCUGUGACAGCGCAGGCAGUUUAACACAAACCCAGCCACACAGCAGUGUUUCAUGUGCGGCUCCUUCUUCCUCCUCUUCCCCCUCUUCCUCGGUGUCGGGCCUCGUGGUUAUGGAGGGAAGGUGUGCGGUCGAGACCUGGGCAGAGUUUUGCGCCCCAUCAUCCGCAUGCACCCCGCGAGUCAAGUUCACCUUUGGGACAGAUGUGCUGGUCUGUCCUGGUGGCGACGAGGUCUAUGUCUUCAGUGUCCAGCAGAGACAAAUCACAGCUGUGCUGCAGUUCCCUGCUCCUGUGUGUGAUCUGGUUCACAGCCCCGACCAGCAGCUUCUCUACACAGCCUGUGAAAGUGGAGUCUACCGUGUCAGCCUGCCCAAGCUGCUGUCCAGUGUUCCCGGCUCCCCAGCUAACACAGUCUCUGGCCCGGCUGAGCUGAAAAUCUCCUCUGAUUCUCUUGCGGUUGGAGAGGAAGGAGUGUCAUCUCUGCUCCUGUCCGGCUCUGUCCUUGUGACUCUUUCACAGAGAGACUCACUGUGGCAGCUGACUCUGUACAAAACGCCAGCCUCAACACGCUCGGCGUCCAGCGGCUAUGAGAAACUCACUGAGCUCAGUCUCCCGGUGGUCUCAGUUAGUUUACGUGACCGCAUGCAGGGUCACCAGACCAGAGGAGCUGCAGGGAGGCCUGUGCUGAUUUGCGUCCACUCCAGUGAUGAACCCCAGCCUCCGCCAUCAUCACAGAAAACAUUCAAGGACGGGCAUUUUUGCCUUGAACCGGUCCUCUUCAAGCUUCUGUUUGGAGUCGAUGUGGCUCUCGUCAAAUCACCCAUAAUCAUUUGCGGCCUGCCUGAUGGGCGCUUGUGCUUCGUCCCUCUGCACGUCCCUGGGUCGAGGAUCCGAGUCCUGCACAGCCUUGAGCAAGCGGUUGUUUUCAUUGGAGCAUCGGUCGCCAUGGAGACAGGCCACGGGGGUGCUCGGUGUUUGGUGGCAAUGGGGCAACAGGGGAAGGUGCUGCUGAUCAGGAGCAGUGAGGCCGGACCGGAGACGGGGGGCAAAGUGGCUGGGUUUGUGGAGGGGUGCGUUUCGGGGCCUGUGGUUUGUGGCCACGCGGGUCAGGACCGUCUGUACUACAGCACUGGUUCAGACCUCCUGACACUGGAUCUGGCAAGGGGACAGGCAGACACAGGAGGCCCAGGACAGGACGAGACAGCGGGCCAUGGUGCGGUGACACCCAGUGCCCUCCGAAAUCCUGUCAGCUUAAAUGUGUGCAGCAUUGUUGCCCUCGCUGGAGCCACACACAACACUUCAGGUGCAGUUCAGCUGCUGGCGCUGUCAGCCAGCGGGCGGCUCCAGAGGAUUACCUUGCCUAAGAGGAGUGAGGAUACAGGAUUACCCAGCCUCCCCUCAGCACAGGUGGGCCAGAGCGUCAGGGACCUCCUGGCUGCAAUCGGAGAUGUAUGUGAAAGAGCAUCAUAUUUGAAAAGCAUCAUCAAAUCCAAAACCCAGAUUCUCCAGCGUCUGAAUCAGGUGCUCAACAUCAGCUUCUUGUUGAUGGACCGUCCAAACAGUGAAAAGCAUGCUGUCCAGGAAAACCCAAUCAGCUGUCAUGCCGUGACCAGAUGGAGCAGGUUGCUUCAAAAAGACUCGUUGGACCUGACGUGUGUCCUGGUCAAUGCUAGUCCCUAUGUUCUGGAGCGAGGCUGGACAUUUAGUGUUACUCUAUUUCCUCUGUCAUUCUCUCUCACCGCAGGAGGGGAAAACACCUCUAGAACUUUCUCUUUCCCAUUCCUCAAUCUCCACCCAGGGGAAAAGUUAGAGGUGUCAUUGCCCUUAGCAGCUGCAGGUGACUCAUCAUUCCCCAUGACAGUGAGCUGCUCACUCAUCUUCUCCCUGAAAAGCCUGCUGGGAGAGGAGGAGGAGGCCAGCCUGCUGUCCAAUGGGGAUCCGGUGAAAUCCCUUCUCAAAUCGUAUGGUAGCUGUAUCCGCUUGGCCUUGGAUACACUGACGGUGGAUUGGCUGGAUGCCCUGCUGGUGAACAGAACCACGACCUCCCAUAAAAACGCCACCUCUCUGUCCACAGACACCCUCACCAUGGAUAGCAUCCAGGCCUUUUUAAACUCUUGUCGGGGCAGACGGACUGGAAGGGGGGAGGGAGGUGCAGAGAGUGGUUCAGGGCCUGAGCGAGAGCAAUAUUCAGCAAGAGUUUGGGUGUCAUCAGAGUUGCUGAGUGCUACAUUGGUGUUGAAAGGCCCAGAUGUGGACACACAGGGGCCAACGUUGGCUCCUCAGAGUCUGUGCAUCUCUCUGCUGGACUGGCUGCUGUCCCAAAGUCCUGGAAGAAACCAGAUGGAGCUCCAAGGUGACAAGAUUGCCCUGGGCAGCUCGGUGGUCCAUGCUCAAGCUCCAGAUGGACACACAGUCAAAUUGACCGCAAAAGAGGUAAAUGUAGGGGAGGAGAGCGUGGGGCAGGAUGGAGGGUCCCUGGCUGCAGUGGAGUUGCAGGUGGAGAGCUCGUCCAUGGCUGCAGUGUGUGGGCUGCACCAUGCCGUGCUGCGCCGGGUACAGACUCUGUUGCAGAAACGUCCUGAAAAGGCUGUUUCCACAGUGAAAGUGCAGGCGCUUGGUUUAAGACAAGCUCUGCAGCGUGCUGAGGGCUUGUUGCAGCAGAUCCACCAAAAUCAAAUCCCAGCAGCCUUUGGGAUGGGUUUACCCAGAGGUCAGAUGACCCAGUCUCUUCUCAGUGUUUACCGACAGCUCAGAGAAAAUCCUCUCCUCAUCAUCUAACCCACUUUUAAACUUGCUCUGGGUUCCAUGACCUAUCUUUGCUGCUAAUAGAAAAAUAACUUCCAAUAGUUUUUGUAUUGUUUUUGCGCUGCCAGCAGAUUUUAUGCAUACCUUUGCAGCACUUCAAUAUUUUGUCAUUUGAUGCUUUACACAGUGAAGAAUUUGUAAUGACUCUGUAGUCUUACUUGCUGGUAUACAAAUAGGACAUUUAUGGAUUUGCAAAUAAAGUGUGCCACUGGCCUACCCAAUCUAAACUCAGUCACCAUAAACUC